AUGAGCUGGCACUUGGCAGCAGCUGAAGUGCUGCCGAUUCCAUCUAAAACCGAUGGAAAGUCAUUGAGACUUCCACACAGCAAAGCGCUGGGUGGCUUGGUGCAGUCACACUCUGCAGCAUUAGAGGAAUGGUUAUUCUGUCCCACACUGGGUGGAAGUGAAGUCUCAGAAUGGCUUUCCAGCAUACAAUUGCUGGGUCACUUGGUGAGCUGGCACUUAACUGCAGCUGAAAACCCAUCAAUUGGGUUUGAAGACGACUCAGAACAUGUCAUCUGUCUCAUUCCAGUCUCUGGAAAGGAAGAGGAACAAGUCUGUGCUGGGUGGCAAGGCAUACUGAAAGAGAAGGAAGGUGGGAAGAAAGAUGGAUUGGGAAGGAGGAAACAGGAGUGGGAAGCCCAUGGGGAACCACAGUCUUGGAAAUCCUUUGCCUUCCAGCAAGGUGUUGCACACCAUAAGUGCCAUUCUCAUGAAGCCAUUGUCAUAUCCAUACCAACUCCGCCUCACCUCUGCUCUACUCCGCCACAGCUCUGGUCCACCUCCAGUCUGUCCUACCCCCACACCUCCACCAUACCCUCCAGUCCACCUCCACCUCCAAUCUCCAGUACCUUCUCUGGUACCUCUUAUCCUCACCUUAAACGUUUAUUAGUAUUUCUACCUACCCAAUAUUACUACGGACCUCCUUGGACCUCCACCAUGCCUGCAAAGGUUUUCCCACUCUCCAGUAGCUGUCACUAA